AUGAACUAUCGAUUUGCUCAACUGCUGAAGCGUCUUACGCCAGAGGAAGAGGAAGAGGUCGAAACCUUCACUGCCGCUAUUGUAGCCCGCCGUGAUAGCCCGGAGCCUCCAAUGCAGACUGAUGACAUUUCGCCGGAAGAGCUUAUUCAGUUGGCCACGGAUUCUGGCAGCUUUGAUUGGUUGGAUGCACCGGAAGAGGACAUCUAUUCCCUUGCAGACGGGAAGGCGGUGCAGUGGAACAUUCCCCUGUAA